UUGUUUCAAGCCAUUAAUAUUUUAGGAAUCGCUCUGCUUUUCUACAAAUUGCACAAGGCGUUCGGCAGUGAAAACGUUAACUGGUUAGACCGCGCUUCACAGCUGUUGACAAAAUCAGAGAAGGCGGUGCACGGCCACAAACCUUCGUUCUUAUGCGGCAUUUCCGGACCACUGGCAUGUCGCGCAGCGGUCAGCUAUCGACUCGGCGACGUGGAAAAAAGUAAACAGGCCGUCAAAAGCAUCCUGAAGCUGGCAGAUCUUGUAGUUGAGGAUACUGAACUUCCGGACGAACUGUUGUUUGGCAGAGCGGGUUAUCUCUACUCUCUGCUAUUUGUGACGCGAGAGAUUGACAGGGACGCGGUCAGCGGUGAGGUUGUGACUCAGGUAGUGGAGGCAAUUAUCGGUUCUGGCAAGAAGCUUGCCAGCCAAGUGAAGUCAUCAUGCCCACUGAUGUACAUGUGGCAUGAGAGCUACUACUUAGGUGCUGCUCAUGGUCUAGCGGGGAUUUUUUUCCAACUUAUGCGUUCGCCUAUGAUCAUGAGUGAACCCAACCUGAGGCAUAUGGUGGAACAAUCAGUUGAGUACUUGAUGAAGCUGCGUUUGCCGUCUGGCAAUUACCCAUCUUCAUUGCACAGUCGCGAAAAGGAUAAACUAAUUCACUGGUGUCACGGAGCGCCCGGUUUCUUACAUAUGUUCCUCCAGGCUUUUGAGGUUUAUGGCAAAGAAACGUACAUCCUAGAAGCGCAGAGUUGCGCUGAUGUGAUCUGGCAGCGCGGAAUGCUCCGCAAAGGAUACGGAUUAUGCCAUGGUGUUGCGGGAAAUGGAUACGGCUUUCUGAUGCUUUACAAGCGUACUCGCAAUUUGAAGUAUUUAUACCGCGCCUUAAAGGUAAGAACUUGUUCUUUGUAA